UAGAAACGCCCCUGAAUGAUGGAUGUGACUGGAGAAGACAUGAAAAGCAGACAGGUCCGCUUUGAAGGCGUUUUUUAAUGCAGAUUUGUGAUAUUUCCGCAGUGCUUGUGUACUCAGCUGCCGGUAAAGGUCAUGUGGAGAUUCAGUACCGCUGCAGGGGAACCGGAGGAGUCGUGACUUGCAGCCCGGUGCGGUGUCUCUUUAAGCGCAGGGCGGUGAGCAGAUUUCCGAUCGUGCACGAAGCGGAUUACAGUCCCUGACAUCAGUCCUCCUCAUCCUCCUCCUCUUCCUCCUGCUCCUGUUCCUGCUGCUCAGCUGAUCCGGAGGAUUCCCUCUGCGGGGACACUCAGCACAGCCCCGCCUGUAUGCUCGCCUCCGCUCGCCUCCAUCAUGGACUUCAACGUGAAAAAACUGGCUUCUGAUGCGGGGGUCUUCUUCACCCGGGCCGUGCAGUUCACAGAAGAGAAGCUUGGCCAGGCUGAGAAGACUGAGUUGGAUCCACACUUGGAGAACCUGAUCACUCGUGCCGACUCCACCAAGAAUUGGACUGAAAAGAUCUUAAAACAAACAGAGGUGCUACUGCAGCCCAAUCCAAUUGACCACACUGGUGCUCGGAUCGAGGAGUUCAUCUAUGACAAGCUGGACAAGAAGCUUCCCUCCAGGACGACCAACGCGGAGCUGCUGGGUCAGUACAUGCUGGACGCCGCCAUCGAAUUCGGUUCAGACACGCCAUACGGCAAGACCCUGAUCACAGUAGCGGAAUACCAGAAGAGGCUCGGAGGAGCCGAGCGCGAGUUCCUCCACACUUCAGCCGUCACUUUCCUCUCACCUCUGCGCAACUUCCUGGAGGGAGACUGGAGGACCAUAUCAAAAGAGAGGCGGCUGCUGGAGAAUCGCCGGCUGGAUCUGGACAUCUGUAAGGCACGCCUGAAAAAAGCCAAGCUGGCAGAAGCCAAAGCGGCGGCUACACCUGAUUUUCAGGAGACUCGGCCUCGAAAUUAUGUUCUUUCUGCCAGUGCAUCAGCGCUGCUCAGUGAGGAAGUGGACAAAGCAGAACACGAGCUUCGCGUAGCCCAGACGGAGUUCGAUCGCCAGGCUGAGGUCACCAGGCUGCUGCUUGAAGGCAUCAGCAGCACACAUCUCAACCACCUGCGCUGUUUGCAGGACUUCGCUGAAGCUCAGGCCACAUACUACGCUCAGUGUCAUCACUACAUGCAGGACCUUCAGCGGGAGCUCAACAGAUGUGCUAAUGCUGUCAGUGCACCCCACUCCUCUGCCUCCGUCUGCCCCAACCCUGUGUCCCCCGCCUUUCUGUCUGGACCGGCAUCCUCCGGAGCCGCUGUCCCUGCCGCCUCCUCCUCAUCCAGCCAGAAGCCGGUCACGCUCGCCAUGGAGCAGUCACAGCUGCCCGUCACGGGUGCCAGGAAGGCCAGGGUCCUGUAUGAUUAUGAUGCCCACGACACCAGUGAGCUGUCAUUGUUGGCUGAUGAGGUACAGCAGAGUCAAGCUGAGUCACCACAUACACACACACACACACACACACUUCACUUCACUUCACUUCACUUGUAAGUGAAGUGUGGCUCUUCAAAUGCCUUAUUGCUAUAGGUCGCCUUGUUUUGGAAUCUUUUUGCAGCUUUCAAUGUUUCCACACAAAAUACAGAUAUAAGCUGUCCAAAACAAUGCAAACUGUUAGUGUUUGUUUCAAUGGCAUGUGAGACAAACCAGCACCUGCCUUCGUCUCAGACACUCCUGAGCCUAAGGCUACGAGUAUGAAUAGAAAGAGCGCAUGGGCAUGUGUAGCAUUUUUUUGUGAUCCCUUUGAAAACUCAUUGGCCUAAAAUCCCAACGUCAGGUCGAGACAUGAUUCUCAACUUUUAAAAAGAUAUCUACUGACAGGCUGUGAAUCCCCCGAUUGCAAUAGUGCAGUCAUUAUUAUCACGCAGGGUUUGCACUAAAGAGACGGAACUUGAAAGAGUGUUUAAUGUCAGAUCAGACAUUUGUAGUUUAACUUCUAAAGUUCAAGCCACACAAACCACAACCCUAUAUUUCUGAAAAAGUCCUAAAGAAAAAAUGUUGAUGUUUCAAAGAUUUGAGAGAACAACUUUCCAAAACCUAAAAACCCCUUGGACACGCCGUGACCUUGAACAUAUUUUUGGUUAUUUUUCCAGCAGAUGUCGUGGACUGAGCCAUGUAGCACCAUUUCUGUCUGUCUUUUCUGAUUUGGGGUUGAGCAUUUUUUUUUUU